AUGAGUACAAGUUCAACAAGUAGUUCUAGUUCUAGCAGUAGUGAUGACGUGGUUGACAGUGAACAAAUUAAGAUCAUUACUUUAGCCAAGCAAUACCUUGAUGGAAGGACUUCCAGUAAUGCUUCAAGGCAAAAAAAUCCUUGUCGGACUUGUACAUUAAAAGGUCAUGAUUGGGUUGUGGAUGUCCUUCAAGGUCACCCCGAGAUUAUGCAUGGUUUAAGGGAUGAUCAUGGCCUCACGGGUUCGACAAAUGUGAGCAUUCUUGAAAUGGUUGCGAUGUUCAUAUAUACAUUGGGACAUGCUCAGUCAAACCGUGAUAUCCAAGAGCGAUUUCAACAUUCUGGUGCGCCUAUUAGUCGCUUGUUCCAUAAGGUAUUGCUUGCUGUUAUGAAAUUGUCGGAGGAAAUAAUCAAACCAUGUGUGCAAUACUCGUUGCAUGAAACUCCGAGGUAUAUAAGAGAUCAUGCAAAGGUUGAAUAUCAUAUAUGCUUCAAGGAUUGCAUUGGGGCACUAGAUGGGUGUCAUAUCUCAGCUAUUGUAAGUCCGGAGAAUAAACCAAAAUAUGUUGGGAGAAAAGGUGUCCCCACACAGAAUGUAUUGGCAGUGUGUGACUUCGAUAUGAUGUAUACAUACAUAUCUGUUGGAUGGCCGGGCUCGACGCAUGAUAGUCGUGUUUUGGAACAUUCUCUUCGUGUGGAGAGGCUAACAUUUUCGAAGCCACCUCUUGGCAAGUAUUACUUGGUUGAUGUAGGAUAUGCGAACAGGACAGGUUUUCUUGCACCAUACAAAGGUGAGCGGUAUCAUGUUCCUAAGAAAUGGCGGAUAUUGAAUUCAAUGACUUCUUUUCAUAUAAGGACGCAGUCAAUGAUUGUUAUUGCUUGCAUGGCCCUGCAUAAUUUUAUCCGGCUACAUGUUGCUGGUGACGUUGACUUUGUUGACAUUGACUCACCUAUAUGA